UUCAAAUUGACUUUUUCAAGGACUCAGAGGGGACAUUCCUUCUUCCAGAGCUGGUGGAGGUUGAAAGUAUGCGGCAUGUGGUGGUCUACGACAACAACACAAGCUCUUUACAGGAGCAAGGCAGAGCAACUUCAUGUGCCCAAGUGUUCGCUAAGGCUAGCCUCAAUCCAGUCAAGAUAUUGAGAGGAGGCUUUCAGAGAUUCUCAGCUCAAUACCCUUUUUUGAGGACUGAGAAAAUCCUGAACACCAUCAUGGAGCUGGAAAGCCUUAAGAUUUACCCAGUGGAGAUCUUAGCAGGACUGCUGUACAUGGGUGAUGAGAAGCAAUCCAUGGACUCCACUCUUCUCAAAGACCUGAAAAUCGGUGCUAUCGUCAGCAUCUCAGAGAGUAACACUCUUGAGUUCAUGAAGGAGAUCCAUACCUUGCUUAUCACCCCUGUGGCUGACUCGGUCUCCGCCCCUGCACACACUGCACCCUACCCCAUAGCACCUCCUGUGGGUGGUGUCCCCUCUUUGGGCUGUGCCUCCACCACUACCACCACUACCAUUACUACCGGGGCUGGCUCCAGGGCAGGGCCCCAGUAA